CCCUGGUCCUCCUCAGAGACUGGAACGAUCCACAGCAGCUCCACGAUCCUAAAUAAAGACUGUCUCUCAGACAGUUACAUCAUGGUUCAAAGGAGGGGAGUGGUCAGUGGGCGGAGCUUUUAAACAGUUUGAUCUCUUAUCUCCAACUUAACCUGGAGCAGGUCAGCUGUUCAGCAUAGGUUACCAUGGUGAUUUACCCAAUAACAAGGGAACGAGCUUCAUAGGGCCCGGAAACCCAUAGGCGCAAAUCCAGCUUCGUAGUAUAGGACCAUCGUUGUUGUUGUUUCCGUUGUCGGGUAACCCCCACCGUGUUUGCUCAGUUUCAUAAGAGACAGGAGAGAGACGUUCUGGACCAAAAGAAGGAGAAGGAGGAGACUCUGCUGCUGGAGAUGGAACAGCUGGAGCGACAACAGACUGACGGAAAACUCAUCGCUGAACCACAAACGGACAGAAAACGAAGAGAAAGUAAAACCUGUCUCUCUGCAACUAAAUCCAUGUCCAUGUCCUCAUCUGGAAAUGCCUCAUCAUCUGGUAAAGAGAUGAGGAAGGCUAAACUGUCACGGAGUCGAUCUCUCAGCAGUCAGUCGACAACAACCAAGCCUGCCAACUCAGAACGACCACUGAAGGUUAAGGAGCUGAGCAGCACAUCUGGACCCGGGAAGUCCUCCAUGUUACAGAGCAAAGACAGCUCUUUGAGGAACGCCCACUUCAAUUUGUCAACCCAGUCAACCUCAUCCAUGCCAGUCCUGAUCCGCAGCAACACCACAAGCCUCCUGGACAGGGCAGGUACUUUGGACCACAGAACCAGUUCCAUAGACCAGAGAACCAGUUAUAUAGACCAGAGAGACCACAGGACGAGUACCUUGGAGCAGCGCAGUAAAACAAUGGAGCGGAGUUGCGGGGUUAAGGACAAUCAGUCCAGAAAGUUGUCAAC